AUGUCGACUAGUUCGCGGAGACCAUCGCUACCUCCGAUGCCGGACCUGAAUCAUCUGACGGAAGAUGAACGGCUGGUCAUCGAAAAUGUCUUGCAGCGGCAGAAAGAAGAAGAAGAAAAGGAGCAAGACAUGAUACGGCAAAUGAAAGAUGAAUUUGAAAAUUAUCAGCAAUCUGUUUUAAAACUUAAUGAAGAGACCCUGAAGAACCUUCCAGAAGAUAUUGGUGCUGUCUGUCAGGUGUGCCAUAAGACCAAGUUCGCAGACGGUGUGGGUCAUAGCUGUCAUUACUGUAAUACCAAGUCAUGUGCUCGCUGUGGAGGUCGGAUUACUAUCAAGGGACCCACAAAUAAAGACCAGGUUAGUGUUGUCUGGUCUUGUAACUUAUGCCGCAAAAAGCAGGAAAUUCUGGCCAAAACAGGAGCAUGGUAUCAU